GCAAUAUUUGAUCGAUUUUGUUUUUUAAAGUGAAAAACAAAAAUGUCGUAUGCUUAUUUAUUCAAAUAUAUUAUUAUCGGUGAUACUGGUGUCGGUAAAUCAUGUCUAUUGUUACAAUUUACCGAUAAACGUUUUCAACCGGUUCAUGAUCUUACGAUUGGUGUUGAAUUCGGUGCCCGUAUGAUUACCAUUCAAAAUAAACAGAUUAAAUUGCAAAUAUGGGAUACGGCCGGUCAAGAAGCUUUCCGUUCUAUAACACGAUCUUAUUAUCGAGGUGCGGCUGGUGCAUUGUUGGUCUAUGAUAUUACACGUCGUGAAACAUUUAAUCAUUUGACCACUUGGUUAGAAGAUGCACGACAACAUUCCAAUUCAUCAAUGGUCAUCAUGUUGAUUGGUAAUAAAUGUGAUUUAGAAUCACGCCGUGAAGUUCGUCGCGAAGAAGGAGAAGCAUUUGCACGUGAACAUGGCCUAAUAUUUAUGGAAACAUCAGCAAAAACGGCUGCAAAUGUUGAAGAGGCUUUCAUCAAUACGGCCCAAGAAAUUUUCGACAAAAUUCAAGAAGGUGUCUUUGAUAUUAACAAUGAGGCAAAUGGAAUCAAAAUUGGACCACAAUUAUCACCAUCAAAUCAAAAAUCUUCAUCUGGUAAUCAAGCACUUGGUACUGGUGGUGGAUGUUGUUAAGAUGUGGAAUUAAUAGACAUUCAUCAUCAUGAUCAUCAAUCCAUUUUUUUCAAUUUUUAACAUCCUAUCACAAAAAUUCUCGAUGAAAUAAUAUGGCAAGCGAAAAACUAACAGAAUCUUUUAACUUUUAUUUUUAUCAUCAUUUUGGAUUGCAAAUCAACAAUAACCAACCAAUAUUCUAUUCUCUAAUCUUUGUCUUUUUUUUUGAUGAAAAACAAAUUCCGAGACAUACAAGAUCUAACCAAAAGAAAAAAUAUUUCAAACUAGUCAUUAUCAAGAAUGAACGUUAUUUUAUUGAUAACAAUGAUGUUUGUGGUGAAGUGAAUGAUUUUGUUUAAAAAAAACUAUCAUACUGGCUAUUUCUAAUUGUUUACUUAUACCAUUUUUAUUCCUCAUUAUUGAUAUUAUUUGUCUAAACAAUGACACAUUCCUUUCAAUUUUAUUCCUUUAAAACCCCCCUUCAUCUC